AUGAGCCACUCUCGAGUCGAAGCUGUUUGCCCUCCGGGCACCCUGAGGGUGAUCAUACCGUCAACCAUAGAGCCAAACAUGCCCCCGCAGUUUAUUGAUAUAAUAAACACCACUGACAUACCCCCACCACAAGCUGAUUUCUCUGCUCCCCCACCAUAUGAUGUUGCUGCAAACUCAAAGCUGCCAACAUAUGAGGAGGUGCAGCGUGAAAAACAGAUGGAGGGGGAGGGAGAACCUCAGGCACAAGCUCCACCUCCGCGCCAUCCUACUUUCACAGCCUUUGUGACUGUGGAGUCUACUGAGGGGACUGUAGAGCAGCUUGAUCCAGAGAACAACCUCCUGGGAACCGAUGUUAUGUUCCUGACUUCUUUCUUUGUGGCAUUCCUGUUCAACUGGAUUGGCUUUCUGCUGCUGAUGUGCUUCUGCCACACCGUUGCCAGUCGCUACGGAGCCCUAGCUGGUUUCGGCCUCUCGCUGGCCAAGUGGACCCUCAUUGUUAAGCAUUCCACCGAGCUUGCUUCCCAUGAGAACUCCUGGCUGUGGUGGCUUAUCAUGGCUUUCGGUAUUUUGAUCUGCGUGCGCGCCGUCAUUCAAUACCUGAACAUCAAACGCGGCUGGCGUCUGCUCUCUGGCACGGCCCAGGAGAGACUUCUUUUCUUUUAC